AAUAAAAAAAUAAUAAAAAAAUAAAUUAGGUAAGUUCCUUCUCCUAACCUAAUAGGACUUUUCUCUGGCUAUAUAAGUAAAUUGUUCAGGCUACGCCGCUAAUUAAGCCCCAACCCCCUAUUCAGCCAAAAAAAAAAAAAAAAAAAAGUCCGGCGAGUUCCGGUUGAAAGCAGGAUUAAUCUCAGAUCUAAUUCUCAUCGCUCAUGGUAUGUGCUUUGUUGGCGUGACGGGGGUGACAACGCCGAGGCAAGGCUGAAAGCAGGAUAAAAUCUUUCUCUAAUUUCCUCUUAUAACGAUCUAACGCUUGUAAUUAGUAAUUAGGCCCAGGGCAUGUCGGAUGUUGAAGAUAAUUUCUUGGACUCAGUCCAUAAAACGUACUGAUGCUUUUUUCUUCUUCUUCUUCUUCCUUGAUCCAAAAGAAUAUCGUCAGAGCUGCCGAUGACUCUGUUAACAGUCUGAAAGAAAAUCCCACUCCACGGAAGUUUAAGCCUUGGAUGAACUUUCUAGAAGCCCGUGAACGAGAAGAAGAAAGCAUCGCUUCUUCAUUUGAUAAAAACCAAUUGCGGAUUGGCAAAAAAUUAGUGGUUUCAUUAUCAAAGGAAAUCGGUCGAGGUACCGAUGGGACUGUAGUGUAUGAGGGGUCUUAUGAAGGUAGAAAAGUCGCCGUGAAACGCCUUCUCAAAACUCAUAUUAAACUGGAUGACAAUGAAAUAGGGAAUCUCAUAGCAUCUGAUCAUCACCAAAAUGUUGUAAGGUAUUAUGGCGUGGAACAUGACAGAGAUUUUACAUAUCUUGUUCUGGAGCUCUGUGAUUUUAGUUUGGAUGACCUUAUCCGAAUAACUUCUUUGAAUUCCUCUCCAUACAAGCUUGAUCCUAACUACCUUUAUUGUGGUACGAGCACCAUGACUAUGUAUGAAAACCGCUGGGAGCUUCUAAAGAAUACUUUGGGAGAUGUUAAACUUCGCAAAGAAAAUAAUGACCGUCCAUCACCUUUGUUACUUCAAUUGUUGAGAGACAUAGUUUCUGGACUUGUUCAUCUGCAUAAAUUGGGUAUAAUCCACCGAGACUUAAAGCCCCGAAACAUUUUAAUAACUAUGAGAAAAUCUACUUUAUGUGCAAAGCUUUCAGACAUGGGCAUCCACAAACGCCUCCUAAUUGAGAACAAGACUUACUCAAGUGUUACUUCUUUUGGUUGCGCCACUACAAGCUGGAAAGCAGCUGAACAGCUACUUAAUGGAAGACAUACGAGUGCAACGGAUAUGUUUAGCUUAGGUUGCAUCAUAUUUUUUUGCAUCACUCGUGGUAGGCAUCCAUUUGGGGAUCAUGAUGAACGAGAUUGGAAUAUUAAGAGAGACAAAAAGCAAGACUUGUUUUUGAUACAGGAUUUUCCAGAAGCCUUCCAUCUUAUUUCUCGUUUAUUAGAACCUGAUCCUACAAAGAGGCCAAAAGCAAGUGAGAUAUUGCAACAUCCAAUGUUCUGGGAUGCAGAGAAGAGACUUUCUUUUCUGCGCGACACUAGUGAUAGAUUAGGCGAGAACUCUGAUCUUUUUAAGGCACUCGAACGUACAGUACGCACAAAUUUAGCUACAAAAUGGAAUAAGAAGGUAGAUGAAAAAAUAGUUACGUACAUGAGGGCGUGCUCAAAAAGGGAUUACAAAUUUAACAGUGUUCGAGACUUGUUACGACUGAUUCGAAACUUGUCGAGUCAUUAUGGAGAGCUUGGUCAAGAUGUUCAGAUACUCGUCGGACCGAAAUAUGAAGAAUUCGAUGACUAUUUUACAAGCCGAUUCCCAUCGCUCUUGAUAAAAGUAUACGAAGUUGUAUGCUCAUACUAUGGAGACGGGGAGUACUUCAUGAGAUAUUUUGUAGGGAAUCCCACCAGCAAUGUUUCAAGCGAUAUUACUUUUGUUGUAGAUUGUCAAGGAAAAUGAAUAAUGAGAUGCUAAAUACAAACUCUAUUCCAGACUCUAUUUUAGUUGCUAGUAUCUUUGUUUGCCACAUGUCAACUUACAGACAAACUAAUACAAUA